CGACGGCACUGCGACGGCACGUCCCCCAAGGAGAACUUCCGGCCCGCGAGCACCUCCAGGACGUCCAGCGACUUGAGCGGCGACCAUGGGACUCGACUUCCUGGCAGACGGAGGUGCCGACUUCGAGCAUGCAAUCACCGUAACAGGUUUCGGCAAGUUCCAUUAUAUGCUACUGACCAUCUGUGGUCUGAUUUACAUGGACACGGCCAUCGGCGUGACAAUCCUUUCGUUCGUGCUUCCGGCGGCGCAAUGCGAUCUGCAGAUGGACUCCACGGCAAAGGGUUGGCUAACGGCGUCUCCGAUGCUAGGUAUGGUACUUGGGUCGUAUAUAUGGGGAUGCCUGGCUGACACGAAGGGAAGGAAGAUCGUGUUAAUAGCUACGCUGCUAAUGGACGGCAUUGUGGGCAUCAUGUCCUCUUUCGUCCAAUACUUCUGGGUGUUCUUGGUCUUCCGAUUCUUCAACGGCUUCGCUGUGACUGGUGCCAUGGGUAUCUGCUUCCCGUAUCUCGGCGAGUUUCAACCCACAAAGUACCGCGAGCGCUGCCUUUGCUGGAUGGAACUGUUUUGGACGGUCGGCGUGAUAGUUCUACCACUGAUCGCUUGGCUGAUCAUACCCAUGGACUUGAUGUACCAGAGCGACGCGUUUUACUUCAAAUCCUGGAAUCUCUUCGUCGCGCUCUGCGCCCUGCCAUCACUCAUGCUCGGCCUCUGGCUGUUCGCCUUCCCGGAGAGCCCAAAGUUCCUCCUGGAAUGCGGCGAGACCGAGGCGGCUCUCGAGGUAUUCAAGUGGAUCUACUCGCGCAACACCGGCGCCGAUCCCGACACAUAUCCGGUGAAAUGUCUACAAGAGAAGUCGAAGGACAAAAGCACCAGGUCCUUGAAGCUGCACAAACGAAAGGACUUGAAGGUCCUCUUUGCUGAAAUACGGGAUCUGACGAGUGCGCUGUGCAAACCACCGUAUUUGCGCAACACGCUGCUCGCUUGCGGCAUUCAGUUCGGGCUCACCAGUAGUUACUAUACCCUAAUGGUUUGGUUUCCGGAAUUGUUCACCAGAUUUGAGCAAUUCGAGCACGCGAAUCCCGGCGAGACCACGUCAGUGUGCAUAGUGUCCGCCCUGCCGGACAAUGGUACCCUCUUCGACAUUUACGGCUGCGAUACCGUGAUCGCGCCAUCCGUUUACCUGCACACCGUGUACAUCGGCCUCGCCUGCAUCCCCGGCUCCAUCAUCUUGCCUCUCUUCGUGCACAAACUAGGAGCUAAAUUCUUCCUGAUCGUCUCGUUGCUGGUCUCCGGCGCGGUGACGGUGGGUUUCUACUACGUGGUGGAUUCGCUGCAGAAUCUGGUGCUCUCGUGCGUAUUCGAGGCCCUCACGUCCCUCGGGAUCUCUCUAGUUUACUGCGUGAUCGUCGACAUGUUCCCGACGAAUCUCAGAGUGAUGGCCGCAGCCUUGUCAUUAACUAUGGGUCGACUGGGCGCCUUGGUCGGCAACCUGGUGUUUGGUUAUCUAAUCGAUUUGGCCUGCGUCAUUCCUAUCGUGCUGUUUGCCGCGUUUUUGUUCGUAUGCGGUUUCUUAUCGUUCCUGCUACCGAAGACCGGGAAGGAAACGCUGGAGUGAAAAUCAAGCGGAGGGAAAAUUUCCCUUGGACGGCCCGAAGAAUCUGUGCCUUGGGGAGCAUUGUGACCUCGGUUAUAUUUAUUAAUAAAUAUAUUUAUAAAAAAACGGAUCUAUCGAUCUGUAUCUUGAUUCGAUGACUUGAUCUGUGUCUGAAUGCGUCACGAACGAAACGAGACUGUGACUUCUGUCAAGAGUCUUUCAAGAUCAAAUGUGAAGUGUAACACAUUGCGUCACGCUGGCAUUAUGGAUUGUCGCAUGCGAGAAUUAUAACAGUGAUACAAUUAAUUGUCAAUUUAUACGAUAUUUUAAUAGAUAUCGAUACGAUCGAGGGAUCGAACUCAAGGGACAGAUAUCAAUUGUAACAAUUAAAAUAUCGACAGCGUCGUGUAAUGCUACGUAAUCGCUAUUCUGAGCGAUAUAGAAGAAGAAUUCGUCAACAACGAAUUAUGCAAAGCAGUGCGUGUGCGUGGUACUAGAUAAUACUAAUUCUACCGAUGUCGAUGAAUGACGUAAUCGACAUAGUUAUUCGAUUAACAAACAGUUAUCGUGACACGACCGUGUGUCUUGAUUAAUCGAGUUCGCAAUCCGUCAACGUCCUUCUUCCACAAGCAAUCUUGCGAAAAAGAAUUUUUAUUUGUGCUUAUUGCUAACUAACGGUCGAUUCUUGGAAAAGUAUAAAUUUUAAUAUAAAUUAUAAAAUUAUAUUUUUGUCGACAA